AUGGACGAAAGGGACGUGGAACUCUUACGCGACCACCAGCUUUACAUUGUGAACAAUCUACGCGUUGGCGACAUCAAGUCGUACCUCAUAGAAAAGAAGGUCUGCAGCUCUGACAUGUUUGAAGAGAUACAAAUGGAGCCAACCAGGAGGCAACAAGUUGAGAAGUUUCUCGACCUGCUUGUUUUAAGAGGCCCCAAUGCCUUCGGACAUUUCUGUGACUCUCUCAAAGCCGAUUACAACUUUCUCUACGAAAAACUCACAACUGAGUACAAGAGAACACCAGAUCAUCCGCUUCGAGAGGAAAACAAAAGACUGCAGAAUGACAACAAAUCAAAAGGAAGGAAAGUCGCAGAGCUUUCGAAAGUGUUGUCUUUCCUCUACCAAACAUUGGAAAACAUUGAGAAAGAGCUGGCAGAAGGGGUAUCAUAUAUCGAGGUGAUAAAGUUGGUGAAGAAAGGAAUGAAGAAAUUGCACAAGCAUCUGCCUCCUUCAAGGACUCAAAACAAACAUUCGCCAAAAGAGAAAACAGUUUCUACUCCAAAUCUGCAGCCUGAAAAAGGUAAAAACACUUCCACAACACCUGUGAACGAGAGUGACAUCCACAAAAGCAAAACCGAACCACAACAACUCUCCAGAACAUCAACUAGAGCAGAAACUACUGAGAGAAAACCAAGCCAGCAAGACACAGGUCAAGAUACAAAGGAUAAAGAGAGUGCUGAUGAUCUGUCAACUAUCUCAUCUUCAACAACUUCCAACCAUCCUUCUGUAGAAACGGUAACCCCAAAGACUGACAUGCAUCCAGGGACAUCAAAAGUCUCCACAAAUCAAAGCAUUGAAGGGGUAAAACCAAAAGAGGACAAGCUUCCUUCCAAGUCAGAAACUGAAAGUCGGACGGCGCCCAUUGUCUGGAAAACUGGACACCACGCAUCAGAAACAGGAAGUCAUCUCACAACCAGUCAAACAAAAGAACCGAAAGAAAACGGAAAGACAAAAGACAAACAAGAAAGAACAGGUUUCACAUACACAUUAGUGACUUCUGGGAGCCAAGGAGUGUCCAACAAAUCUGUUCACCACCCAUACACAGGUAGAAGACAUUCCCUACAAAGGACACAGAUACAACCGUUCGGUCAGGUCAGAGUGAGUGGCUCUAAGACCAGUGGUGGUGUGUUCAGCCACAGAAGUUCGUUCCCUGUACAUGCACAUCAGCUGACACAGGUUCAGGCCUGGAGGACAAGAGAAGAGACUAGAAGGGACAGUCCACCGACACUUGUGAAAGGGAGAUACCUGCCUAAAAGUCAAUCUCUUCCCAAACUUUAA